AUGCAAAUUCUCUUCGUGUCUUCUUUUAGUGCCAUUCGACUAAAUGACAAGAACAUCAUAGCCGGCGAACUGGAGCGGCAUUAUGACUGUGGAAGGGAAUGUCAGGAGAACCUCGAGCAAGGCGUCCAACAGGACCGCAAUCUAUUCAGGCAGUACCCGUUUGAUUAUGACUUCUAUGCCACGGCCGACAAUUUCACGGCCCAAUCGAGGCUCGGCGAUGUUUUGAAGCUCGAGGAAUAUCCUUCUUCAGGUCUGGAUAUCCCACCGAGUCUAACCGCAUAUAAAAUGCAAUAUGUGACGGUUGGGUUGCAUGGGGAGAAGGUGCCGGCAACUGCCUUCAUCGCACUACCUUUUACUAGUACCACGGUCGAGUCCGGGAAGUUGAAACCCCGCCUGGUCGCUUUUGCGCACGGGACCAUUGGCGUGGCCACCGGUUGUGCACCGACGUCGUCAUAUAACUUUUACGACUACUAUACCUGGGAGAUCCUGUCCGUGGCUGGCUAUGCGGUGGUUGCGACGGAUUACACCGGGCUUGGGAACAACUACACCUCGCACAAGUAUGUCAACGCCGUGCUCAACGGAGAAGACGUGUACUGGUCAGUGAUUGCUGCCCGUCGGGCGUUUCCGAACAUGUUUACCAGGAAAUGGGCAGCUGUUGGCCACUCCCAGGGCGGCGCCGCCGUUUGGGGCUUAUCAGAAAACGAACGGGUGGCCGACAAUCAAGACGAAAGUGGUGAAUAUAUAGGAAGUGUCGCAUUAGCCCCGGCUCCUCGGGUCUACGACUUAGCGGCUUCAAAUACAGAUCCAGCCCAGUUUACCCCGCAGUCUGCCAUGGCCAAAUACGUGCCUCUCCUAGCCAAAGCUGUCCAAUCGGUCAACCCGCCUGGCACAGAGGUCGACUUCCUUACUGACGCCGCGGCCCGGCGCGGGCAACUGAUUGACGAGCUCCAGCUCUGCCUGCACGGCAGUGGGAGUGUCGACGCUGAUCUUCCCCUGGGUGGUAUCAAGAACAUUUCUGCAUUGAGCAACAGUUCGCAGCUCAAAUCCUUCCAGGCCAAUUACGGAGCUGCACUGGGGAAAAAGGGGGUUAGGGAUCUCUUUGUUUUACAGGGCACCGCUGACCAGACGGUCAAUUACAAUGUCACCAAAAAGUCUUAUGAGUCCGCUUGCGCUGUCGGUAACAUUGUCCAUCUCUUUCUAUAUCCAGGUUUAGACCAUCGCCCAGUGCUAUCCGCUUCGGCUCCCGAGUGGGUGCCAUGGCUUGAUGCAAAGUUCCGUGGCGCGCCAGACUGGCAAUGGUGUGAGAUGCAAUACCAAACCCCCUUGGCAGAGAUAUAA